AUGAUUAUAUCAACCCAAUAUCACCGAUCACCUGAAUUGGACAGUUCAUUUUUGAAUCGUCUAACGCUAUGGUGGUUCAACGCCAUACCUGUGCUUGGCUCAAGGAAAGCGUUGGAAGUGAACGAUUUGUAUCAGCUGAACGAGGGCAGCACUUCUGCCUACUUGGUACCGAAAUGGGAGUCAUUCUGGCAACCGGCUAUGCGGAGUCAGUGUGAUCAUCAUGUUUCUAUGACACUGAUACUGAUGAUGCGUAGGAUCUCUGAUAAUGAUGAAAAUUAUGAAACAAAAACAGCACUAAUAUUUCUAACGUAA